AGCCUUCAACGAAGGAAGUGCGUCUCACUUUUUUAAUCGCAAUUUUUUCUUUCAACUGUCAAAAUUAUUCAAAAAAAAAAAAAAAACAAGCGCGACACAAAAAGAAAAAUAGUGUAAUUAAUAAUGAGGAUAAAUUGUGCUAAAAUUUUAUUUUAAAAAGAAAGUGCGACAAUGGAGUUUAUCUAAAUUUCUUUUUCCUGACCAGAUUUGGAGUAGAAAAACGCGAUGAAAGCUGUGGAGCAGCAACAGCCGAAUUCUAUGGACUCGAGUGAUUCUGUGAAUGGAGGAAGCGAAUAUGCAUAUCGACCUUUGACGACGAAACAUAGAAGAGCUGGAAGUACGGGCACAACGGGAGACGAGGAGUACACGACAGACGAAGACGAAUUUUAUGGCGACGAGACUGACUGUUCGGGUCCAUCACUACAUCCACAUCCAAUUUUGAAAUCGGAUCUUGCUCGGGCAGCAACCGAUCUUUUUGGCUACGAGAAGCAUAAUGAUGAGGACGCCGAGCCGACGAGCCUCUUUGACGAAGACGAAAAAUUCACACCUCAAAGUUCUAUUAAAACAAUAUCGCUCUUCUCAUACAAUGAGAAGAUAUCCCGUGGUGUACUGGGACGACAAAGUUCUUCAUCCAAAGAAAUUGGAAUGGAAAAAUCAGCACCGAAAUUCGACUCGUCGACGAGUCUAAUUGAGAAUGAAAUUGAAAAUGCCGAAAUUAAGGAAGAGACGUUGGAAUUUGAAAAUGAAAAGAAGACGAGGCCAUUGGAUAGAAGAUUAAGCCUGGAUACAACCACAAGUAUUCCCGAGGCUGCUGCAGGUUCAUCGUCCGACCUAAGGCCGGGAGAAAAUCACGAAUUAAGUCCGAGAAAGUUACCCGCUGAUGAUGAGCAGCUAUUCAUCAAAUCUCAGAUGAAAAGAGAUUGCACUUCAAGUAGAAUUCGAAGUGGAUCUCCUCCUUCACCAUCGGCUUUGCAAUGGGGAAGAGCAGUGGCUGAGGUGAAAGAACAAGCAGUCGCUAAGCUACAGGAAGAAUUAAAAAGAGCUCACGAAGAAUUAAAGUUGAAAGAUGAGGAGGUUUCUCGACUCUCGAGGAUUCGACAAGACGUCGAGGCUGAACUCGAGGAACUCACUGCCAGUCUUUUUCAAGAGGCUCACAAUAUGGUGAGAGAGGCGAAUGUCCGUCAAGCGACAGCGGAACGUCUUCUGGAGGAGAGUAGAAUGAAGGCGGAAGUUCUUGCCGCUGAAGUUGCGGCUUUAAAAACAUUAGUUUUAACAUCGACGCCAGCGCGUCCAAAUCCCCAUCUACAUCCGCAAAUUGAUACGCGAGGGCGAAAUUCAGGAAAUACCGAAGAUUGUCAAGCGAGUCUCUUCACGAAAAAACACAGAAGAUCACCAUCGCACUUUAAUCUCAAGUACGGACGGGAAAAUUCACCACCCGAUUCGCCUCAAAAAGAACAAAGAACCUCUUUGCCUUGCGAGAGAAAUGGCUUCGAUGGUCAUUGGGAGAGAGAGAAGGAAAAGGAGGGCGAGAGGGAGAGGGAACGUGAAAAAUUAAGGGACAAGGAGAGCAAAGAUUCUGGAUUAGAAGUCGAUCCUAGAGUUCAUUCGGAGUUUCUCCAGUGGAAAACAAAUCCCUCAGUGGAUAAAAGUGAUCCGUUUAUCGAAAGGAUUUUCCGUGAGGACAUUGACCUCUGUUUGGAUUUUCCGAAUUUGGAUUUGGGAUUGAAAGUCCGACAGGCUGUUUUGGAUGGAAUUAUUUUCAUCGAAGCCGUCAGCGACAAAACGAAACUUGCCUUUCCAAAAAAAUGUGCCCUACUUGAAGCGGCAAGGCAAUGUCAUUAUCGAAUGCGAUUAGGAGAUCAGGACAAUCAGUGGUACUGCAUUUCCCAGAUUUGCCGCAAUAGAAUAAUUGCGGUUUGUGAUUUUCUAAACUAUCUGCGAUAUAUCGAGCGCGGCCUCGUUAAAAGUUCAGUCCAUGACAUUUACUGGGAGAUCAAUCGCCUCAGGAAGGAAAUGGUCUUCUCAAGAUUAGGCUUGGCACUAUCAUCAUCAUAAAUCAUCAAAAAAGAAAAUCUAGUCCUCGAAUUUCUCGUGCAAUUUCGAAUCUCAUAUUUACAAAAAAAUUGGCUCUCGUCUCAUUUUCUGAGGACUGAAAAAAAAGGUUUUUAUUUUUAAUUUUUAUUAUUAAUAUUAAUAUAAUUAUUAUAAUCCAUAUAUUAUUAUAUAACACGAGGCUGUGAUCUCGAAUCAAGAGUCGAAUCUCGAUUCAUGAAUUUAUUGUUGAAUAAUGCGUAAAUUGUACAUAAUAUAAAAAAAUUCUUGCGCAUUUGUUUUAUAUAGUGAUAAUAACUCUUUUUUUAGUGAUUGUCUUUCCAAAAAUAACAAGAAAGUUGUAAAUUAUAAAUUAUAAAUCUUAUAUAUAAAAGAUAAAAAAUAAGAUCUUUACGAGAAUGCGUAUAUUUUAAGUUCUGAAAGAUCUUUUAAUCUGAAAGUGAAUUUUUUUAAUAUAAUAAUUAAUAAUAAUAAACAUAUUUCGAAUGUGAAUAUUGAAUUUGAAGACAAAUUUGAUCAUAGAUUGAAAAUGAACUAAAACUUUUGUCUUAAAUUAAGAAUAAACUAAAAGUAAAUUGAAAAUAAAUUAAAAACAAACUAAAAGUAAAUUGAAAAUAAAUUGAAAACAAACUAAAAGUAA